CUAACGGUUAAGGGCGGGAUCAGCUGCUCGCAUCAUGGCGGGACGCAUGAAACUGCAGAUGGACUCUGUUGUUGAAAAUACACAGCUAUUGGUUUUCAUACUCCUUUUUUGCCUACCUCACGCCGCGUGCCAGGACAACGGUGCCAAGUCCCCUGUGAUCAACCUCCAGGAUGGGAAGGAUUACACAGGGUCAGGGUCCAAAAGCUUCUGCUAUACCAACUCCAUUGUGCCGGGCUGGAAGCAAACCUGGACUCGAAUCCAGGUCCAAGUGUGGAGCUCAAAACAGCUCAAGGUGGAAAUUGCAGGAGAUGAGGAGAAGCUGCGUGAGCUGGAGCGCUUCAGCUUGUGGGGCCUGAUCCAGCACUUCAUGCGUGAGAAGUACAACGAAACCACUGUCAGCAUCGGCCUGUUCAGCAAGAAGACGUGUUUCAAGAUCUACCCUGCGGACCGCAACACUCCGUAUACUGUGAAGCCCAUUCGCAAGUUUGAUAUCUACCUGUUUCUGGUAUUCCUCGCUGGGAUGUUGUUGUUUAUCUUUGCAGACUCACUCAGCAGGAGUCAAAUAUUCUACUACUCAGCUGGCAUGAGUACAGGCAUGAUUGCCUCUCUCAUCAUCCUCAUUUUCAUUUUGGCACGCUUCCUGCCAAAGAAAAGCCCUUUCUAUCUGUUGAUAAUUAGUGGCUGGUCGUUCUCAGUUUAUGCCAUCCAGCUCGUCUUCAAGAACCUGCAGACGAUUCUUAAAGAGCAUUGGCACUUGGCUUUUGGGUAUGUAGCAGUGGUGGGCUUCAUCAGUUUCGCUGUGUGUUACCGACAUGGUCCUCUGGUGGAUGACAGAAGCAUAAACAUCCUGUCCUGGACGCUGCAGCUGUUCGGCCUGCUCCUCAUUUAUGCAGGAAUUCAGAUUCAGCAAGUGGCAUUCGCCAUCAUCCUGGCAGCUUUCUUCUCCAAGAAUCUGGAGUACCCAGUUUCCCUGGCAAUUACUGCAUGGAGGAAAGUGAGGCUGAGCGUCCGCUGGAAGCCACAGCCGCGUCGACUACUGACUGAAGAGGAGUACCAGAAGCAGGGGGAGGAGGAGACACGGCGCGCCCUGGAGGAGCUGCGCCAGUACUGCACAAGCCCCCAGUUCAGUCCGUGGAAGGCCGUGUCCAGGCUUCAGUCCCCAAAAAGGUUUGCAGAUUUCGUGGAGGGGUCCCCUCACUUGAUGCCAAACGAGGUCUCUGUCCAUGCACAGGAAUACGGUUUCGGAGGAUCCUUCUUUGAGGAUGAGUUUUUUGACACUGAUGACGAGGGGGAAGAAGAUUUUAAGCCUGACAUGCAAGGAGAGUGAGACAUCUGACGAUGUUGGAAAACUAGAAAUAUGAUCAGCCUGCAGAAAGGUGACUGGAGAACGGUUCUCCAGUCUGACAGAGAUUCCUGUGGAGGCAAAAAAAAAAAACUUUGAUCGGUUCUGAUCGUCUGCUGAGCCGCCUCAUGUCUUCCAGUUUAACAAUGUGUGUCGAGUGCAGGCUGAACAGAACAGUCAGACAUGUGAUCAGCUCUGCACGCAGAAACGAUGUGGUUCUCAAACACUGUGCACUAAAGCCGCCACCCGAUCAAAUGUGUCUGACACAACUCUCAGGUUACUGAUACGGUUUUUAUCUUGAGAUGAAGCUGUGACUGAGACGCUUUGGAGGUUUGGAGCGGGGGAACUGAUACUGUACAAGGGAGGUUUCUGUUGCCUUGUUGGAGACGGCAGCUUGGCAUCUCAGUUUUAAUUCUUAGCCUAGUUCAGCUUUUCUACAUCUUAGUUUUAAAAUUACUUUGGUUUCAGCAUUUGGGCUCAAAAGUCCUUUUUUUAUUUGCAAGAAAGUGCAAUUAAAACAUUCAUUAGUAAGCAUUGUAAUCUUUCUCACUUCCCUGAACCGGUUAGUGGAGAUUAUUUCAGUGAUACAAACAGGAUUUUUCCCCAAAGAUCUUAAGCACCAUUGUCCUGUUGUAUCAAUUUAAUAAAAAUGCAUGUAUGAUCA